GUCCUUUGAACGUCGUUGAGCAGCGUAACAAAUGUCGCCUCAUUCUCGACCUUCGCAAAGUCAACGCCCACCUCGAAAUUCCAAAGUUCAAGUAUGAAGGCUUGAACCGGGUAGCCGAACUCAUCCAUCCCGGCGACUGGAUGUUCUCCAUCGACCUGAAGUCCGGCUAUCACCACGUCGAGAUGCACCCCUCCUCCUGGAAGUACUUGGGCUUCCAAUUUGAGGGCGCGUACUACUCCUUCCGCUCGCUGCCGUUUGGUCUCGCCACCGCCCCGUUCGUUUUCACCCAGCUAAUCAAACAAAGACCCAUAUGAAAUGAAGCACGCUGCCUCUC